AUGGCACCUCAAAAGCACAGACGCAGCUCAAUCGAAGCAAACCCCCUCCAAUCUGGCCCUCAGUUUAACUUGAUAUACGUUGGUGCGGGAGCCAUCAACUUUGGGACGGAUGAAGGCCCAUGGAAUCACAGCAAACGUGUUGAGCAGAAAUGGGGUAAAAGACUCAAUGUUGUUGGUAUAGUCGAUCCUAAUACAGCCAAAGCGGAUUUAGAAUUGAGCAAGAAAAGAGAAAGCUUCGUCGCAGACGCCUAUAAAAACACAAAGACAUUCCCUACCGUCGCAGCGGCCAGGAAGGAGCUUGAAGGGGAGAGCUUCCCACACGCGAUUAUAGUUGGUGCUCCACCAAAGUUCAGAGGUGGAUUGAGAACUCCAGCUGAUUUGGAGCUGUCUAUACUUGAGCACUUUCCAAAAGUUGCCAUGUUUAUCGAGAAGCCUGUCACAACUGGUCCGUCCGAGGAAGCUGGGGAGGUUGGAAAGCGCAUUGCAAAGACUGGAAAUCCUGUGGCUGUCGGAUACAUGCUCAGAUAUAGCAAGGCUGUUCAGGCAAUGAUUGGGCUCAUUGAGGAGAAAAAUUUGACAGUUAUGUGCACAUCAGCUAGAUACGUUAUGGCUUAUGAGAAAGCUGUGAACAUUGACUGGUGGGACAAAUCAAUCUCUUGCGGGCCGAUAGUGGAGCAAGCGACACACUUCUGCGAUCUUUCGAGGUAUUUUGGUGGCGAUGUCAAGCUCGACUCUGUACAGGCGCACUCCGUUGAAUGGGACGAGGAACCAGGCCAGCUCAGCAAGCAAAACAUUGACGAGAGUAAGGUGCCAGCCGAGCAGCGCAUUCCACGUUUCACAUCUGCAAGUUGGAAGUACACAAAUGGAACAGUCGGAUCUCUUAUUCAUGGGGUUGCGCUACAUGAUACAGACUACUAUACUGAGCUGACUGUCUUCGCGGAUGGAUAUCUUUUGCGGUUGGUCGACCCAUACAACAAUCCCACACUUUACGUGAGGUCUCCCAAUAGCAACGCAGAGAAGGUUCAAACGUUUACAAACGACGAUUGCUUCUACUCAGAGAUUUCAAACUGGGGAGAUGAGAUUGAAAGACAAGCUGAGCACAAGGAUGAGCCUAUCGAUCAUACGAUUCUCAGCUCCUACGAAGAUGCUGUCAAAACAUACGAGUUCACUUGGGCCAUUAGACUGGCGUCAGAGAGAAGUCGUCAGUAG